AAAAAAUGUCUGUAAAGCUGACCCUUAAACCCAGCCGGGCGUUGUUCAUUUGAAACUCACCUUUCGUCAUUUUUAUUGUCUUUUUUUUUUUUUGUGGCGUGCAGUGAGAUGGAUCCGUCCAGGAGGAGCGAGAGUGACUGGCAGGGUCUGCUGAACGAGUUUGUGAUUUGUAAGCGGAAGUUGGAGAGCAAAAAGGAGGCCCUCCUGAUUCUGUCUAAAGAGUUGGACAGCUGUCAGCAGGAGAGAGAUCAGUACAGACUGAUGGCCAAUCAGCUCAGAGAGCGACACCAAGGGUUGAAGAAGAAGUACAGAGAACUUAUUGAUGGAGAUCCCUCUCUGCCUCCAGAGAAGAGAAAUCAGGUGAAUUUGGCUCAGCUGCUGCGAGACUCCAGAGACAAAAACAGUCAACUCUCUGAGGAGGUGAAAGAGCUGAAACAACGACUACUGGAGGCCCAGGGUGACAACAAGCUUCUACGAAUGACCAUCACCAAGCAGAGGCUGGGGGACGAGGAGGUCGGUGCUCGUCACUUCCCUGCACAUGAACGACAGGAUCUGGUCAAACAGUUAGAGAGAGCUGGAGAGCAGAACGAGGUUCUCGAGCACAGCAUGAAGUCACUCACAGACGAGCUGCAGGACGUACGAGCGGAGCGCGACGUGUUUCAGCAGAAGGCUCAUCGCCUCAACGUGGAAAUGAACCACAUCGUGGGCAACGACGACAUACGGAUUGUGGACAUAGACGCACUCUGCAUGGAGAACAGGUAUUUGCAUGAACGCUUCGGUCAACUUCAAGAAGAAAUCAACUUGCUCAAAAAAAAUCUGAUGAAGUACAAGAGCGCCCUGGAGUGUCGGAAGAAUUCUAAAAUCAGUGGGAAAGCAAACAGCAGUGCACUGACUGGGGUGCUCUCUGCUAAACAAGUGAAGGAGUUGUUGCUGUCUGAAGAAAACGGCUGCAGCCUGCCGGUGACUCCUCAGUCCAUCACAGACCUCAAGUCUCUGGCCACAGCUCUGCUGGAAACCAUCCACGAGAAGAACAUGGUGAUUCAGCACCAACGCCAGAUCAACAAGAUUCUUGGAACUCGCGUGGCAGAGCUAGAAACCAAACUAAAAACAUUAGAAAUGUCCGGACUGUGGAGCCUGCCAGGCCUGACUUAUAAUGUUUCUCUGGGAAUUUAUGGAAGAGGAAAAGACGCCAUCAUACUGAAUCCUCAUCAGGCUGAAUCAACAGAGUCUCCUGCACAUGAAGGUGACGAAGUAUCUGAGAACAGAGUCGCCGAUCAGCAGAGCUCUGAAGAAGUCCCACAGCAAGACAGUGGACCUCCACCUGUGUCAGGUGAUGCAGAGGGACUUCAAGGUGAACUUCAAGAGGGACUUAAAGAGGGACUUCAAGAUGAACUUCAAGAGGGACUUAAAGAGGGACUUCAAGAUGAACUUCAAGAGGGACUUCAAGAGGGACUUCAAGAUGAACUUCAAGAGGGACUUCAAGAGGGACUUCAAGAGGGACUUCCAGAGGAGGCAACAUCUGCAUCCAACGAGGAGACAUGCCAGCAGAAUCCUUCAACCCAGUCAGCUGAACUAGAACCGCUCAGCAAUCGGACAGAAACAUCAGAGAAGGAGGAGCGUUGUGAUGCUGGCCAGUCACAAAGCACGACUGAUUUCACAGCUAUGACGGGCGACGGGUCGAAGGAAGAGGAAUGUCAGAGUGAUUCUCCUCUUAAAUUUACAAAUGUAACACAAAGUGUGUCAGAUCUCUCACGACAAACUUUAGAGGGAUCAGGAGGACACGAGGAUGAGUUGGAUGAACACAAUGAAGAGCUGGAAACUGUUGAAAGUGAGUGUAUUCUAAUAGAGGGAGACAUCAGCGACGAUGAAUUCACUGCUGCUGCUGCUGCUGCUGCAAGCACCGCAGAGGAGCAGGAGAACCAGGAGACAGAUGGAGACAGGUGUUUGUGAAGUCAUGAAACCUAAGAUAGGAGCGAUAGGAAUGUAUGAUGCAUCACCAUCACAAAGCUCAUUUCUAACAUCAAUCAGAAGAAAUAGGCCCUAUUUGGCUUUACAGUGUAUCAAAUACAUCAAAAGCUUCAUAUGCUUCUGUUUAGUUAUGGAUCCUACAUCUGCAUCAGACUCUGAAUCCAUCUUUGAAAAAUAAUAUCCUGGCACUAGAUGAAGGGUGAAUAUACUACAGUCAAUGUAGUGAGAAGGAUACAAAACAAACAUUGAAAAAGUGUCAAAUGCUUCCAUAGUCUCAUGUAGCGCUACCCUUUGAACUAGUCCUUAAGUAUGCAGACAUCAGCGUAGAACAACAUGUUGUUGCUUAAUAUAAAAAUGCUGCUAAAACAACCACAACUCCUCUGGGAUGUGUGUUUGUUUGACAACAGAGAUCUUCUCCACUCUAGUCCGAAGAGCAUAAGUGAGGUUGUGCAAUAUGGUUUGGCCCUCAGUUGGUGUUCCGGCUAAUCCUGAAUUUAUAAGAUGGGUUUGAGGUCUGAACAUUACGCCUCUGUUAUUUUCUUCCACUCCAAACUGGAGGGGAACAAACAUUAGUUUAAGGGCCCUCGCUUUUUGCAUGUUUAGUGUUAAAACUGGAAAUGGUUAUUGCCAAACUGUUUUUGAAAAGUUGAAAGCUGCGCGUUGUGUGGGCGGAGAGUUGAGGAACUGUGAUUUUUUUGUUAUGAGAAAUAGCGAAGGAAUGUGGCUGAUGGAUCAGAACUAUAAAAAAAAAGGGCGAUUGCUAUUAGUUGACCAUGAACUUAAAGACGUGAUGUUGCUUACACUUUAUCAGAAUAUUUCUCAUUUAACGCUCUACCUCUGUACACACUUCCCUCCUGUUGUAAAGAAACACUCAUCACUAAGUCAAAAUAAAUAAAUACAGGAGACAAUAUUUGAGCUAAGAAGCAGCUAUAUUUAGUUUCUUUACACAUAAUACAAAAACAUACCAUUUCAUUUUUUUAGUACAGUUAGGCCAGCAGGUUUCACAAUACUACACAAGAUUUUAUUUUUAACCAUGAAAACAACAAUAUUACCAAAACGCUGCAUGACAAUAUGCUUUUUGAUUUAUCACAGGUAAUUUCACGUUCCCUUAUAUACUAUGUUUUUGUUAGACAGUCACAAAUAUUCAAAGGUGAACCAGACCUUCUCUGGUUGAUAUGAAACAAAAAGAUGUAAAGUAGAAGUUAUUUGUUACACAAUGAAGCAACAACAUAAAGAAUACCAGCACAGAUAUUUAGAUUCUGUUUUUUUUGUGGUGACCAAUAUUAACUGACCAGAUAUAAACUUCAUAGAGCCAUAUGUAUUGAAUGUGUGUAAAACAAUGUAUAGAAAAUGUCUUUAUUUCUGCAAAAUUAAAUUUUCAGAUCCUGA